AUGCGUAAUAAACGAGUAUCAAUGCAUUUGUUAUAUGGUAAUCAUAAAAUAGAGGAUAUAAUUAAUGGUGUAGAACUAGAAGAGUAUCGAUUAAGUAGUAGAGGUAUGCUAACUAUAACAUAUGCACUAAAUGAACCAACUCAAGUUUGGACAGGGAAAAAUGGUGAUAUUGAUCAAAAAAUGAUUUCAGAUUGGUUAAACUCCCCUAGUACUAAAAAACGUUUACCAUAUGUUGGUUCAAUAAUGACAAAUAUGAUGCAAUUUAAAAAUAAUAACAACACAACAAAUACAACAUAUUUACCGGUUAGUACAAGUCCACUACAGCUUAAUAAUACAAAUACAACAAAUUCGUCAAUUAGUAAAAGUCCACCACAACUUCAUAAUCCUUUAUUGUAUGAUGAUAAUAACAAUAAUUCACCACCAAUAAUACCACUGCAUACAAAACCUCGUAAACCAUCACUGCCACCAAUUAUGGUGAAUAAUAAUGAUCAGAAUACUUCUUACAGAUCAUCAAUUAAUCCUGAAAGUGCUUUAAGUCCUAAUUAUCAACAUUAUAGAACACCAUUAUUAUCAUCACCGCCACCACAACGUUAUACUGAGGAGGAUAUUAUACUAAUAGUAUAG